AUGAAGACGGAGGCCGAGAUCGAGGCCGAGAUCGGUCCUAAUCGGUACCUCGACGAUCGCAACCGCUACACCUUUGAUGACGGAAUGCCAGGCCAUUGGCGAAAAGUUCUCGUCCGAGUGCCUUGCAUCACAGACUUCAUGGGCAUCGAUGACGAUAGAGGUGUUCUUAAAUACCGGUCGUGUCUGAAUGACGAUGAGACCCGAGCCCAAUAUGAGGAGCUAGAUGAUGAGGAAGAAAGGAAUUUAGCCCUUAAAGAGCUGGAGUUCCAGGUUGUGGUAUACUUACUGGACCGCGAGGCUAUUGAGACGGGUUUGAUCAAAAUGCUUUGGUUGGAUGAGCAUGGAAAUACUGCAUGGGAGAAUCGAGUAGAGCCAUAUACAGUGGAACGGCUUGCCGUAGCUUUUCUUAGCACCACUCAGCUGCGUGAAAUAUCCAGUGGAACCUCUGGUCAAGACUCCUUGAUUAGACGAUAG